CAUUUGCAUGUUAACAUUGAUUUGUCAAGGUUCAUCAUUUGCUCUUCAUAAAAUGGCAACGGGAUUGCGAAAGGGAGCAAAACUUAACUAUAAACUGAUGAACGAACAGGGGAUAUCGCUAGACACUAAAGAUAACAGCGAUAACAAUGAUGAUCAGGUUGCUGAGGAUACUAGAAAAGAUUCGGUUUUCUCGCCGGUAAAAUCUAAAGCGCAAAAAUCAAACGCAUCUUCCGCAGAGGAUGAUGGGAAACACUCUUUACCCGAGGAGGUUGAUUCGGACGAUCAGGAAAUCGAAAAAUUGCAACGUGAGUUGGAAACUCUAGAAAAAGACGAAGCAAAACUCAAGAAAAUUAAACAGAAAGAAGAAUUACGCCAGAAAGUGGUGAGGAAAAGAGACGAGGUCAAGGCUCUAAGAGACGUGCGACGUGUUUGCAUUAUGGGAGACUCUAUUAUUAAACAUCUACCUUCAAUUCAAGGCGUGUCUAUAUUUGCCUUUCCGGGGGCUACAAUUGGCAAAUUAUCAUUUCUGGUCGACUCCAGAGCAGUUCCACUUGCGGACUUCAAUUUUGUGAUAAUUCAUGUGGGAACUAACAAUAUUGCAAAUGGUCAUUCACUACAGCACAUGUCUUCAGAUUUCGCCAAUUUGGUGGCUUCUAUUCGCAAAUUCAAUAAGGAUAUUGCUAUUAUAGUUUCUUCUAUCUUACCCAGACCGGUAGAUCACUCACAUACUAAAUCAACUGUUCAACAGUUCAAUUUUCAUUCACAGGAUUAUUUGGCUUCUGAGUUAAACUUCAAAUUUAUCAGGUCUUACAGACCCUUUUGUUUUAGAGGCGACAUUAAACGUUUUUUAUUCGCAAAGCGGGAUGGUGGUUUACAUCUAAACUCAGAAGGAUCAAAUCGUUUAAGAUUCUUUUUCCUUAGAGUUAUAUCUACGUUGACAUAAACGUCUAUAAUGACGUUUACUACGUCAUUUAGGAAAUCUAAACAUACACAGUCAAACGUCUGUAACCUUUAUAAUUCUUUAUGAAUGAAUAUGUUUAUUUUUUUUUUGCAGGCUAUUUUUAUCUUAUCUACUGUAAGGUAGGAUCCUUUGUCAUUCAACCCUAUAAUUUGUGUUAUGUUAUUGCUGAUUUUAUUUUUUCUCUCUGCUUUGUAUUUAUAGUUCUUGCUGGGCUUGGCUGAGGGUUGGCGGGUAUAUCAGUAUUCAACUGAUUUAUUAAAUAAUUUGUCUUCCCGUACUUAAUUAAUUGUAUUGAUUUGUCAUCUUUACAUGCUUUAGUGACACGUUUGCUGACAUUAAAUUCCAGUCUUUUUCAACUGUGGUUUCCUUAUUUAUUUGAGUCUAAAAAUAGGGCUUUAAUUGGUUUAUUUUAAUUCAAUUAAAAUAUUUAAUUCAAGCACACCCGACUUUAGCCCGGCUUGUUCUUCACUUCCUGGUUUCAGCCGGUAACCAAAAAUUUAUCUCCCGUUUUUUCAUUGGUGAUAGUUUUGUUUGUUACUUAAAUUUUGAUUGGGUAUUUCUAUCAUCUUUAAAAUAGGAACCGCGAAAUGUAGCGUCACUUAGUUCUUAGUUGUUCAGCGUGUCACACUGAUUUUCAAUUAGUAGUUAAAAAGAACUAUAACAAAGGAAAUUGGAUAAAUCUGUGAUAUUUAGAUAACAUGUCAACAUAUGGAAUAACAAU